AUCACGUGACUCGUCCAAGAUGGCUGCGCCCAUGGCUCUUCGGCGUGGCGGACGUCUCCUCUCCUUGCUACGCGCUUGCCCGCGGUAUAGCAGCCGUUCGAGCCGCCCUGCCGCCGGCCUCCUCAAAGGACGGAUCCUUCCGUAUUUAUACGACCGCUUCUACGACAUGGAGGCCUUCAUUGACUUUGGCACAAAGCUGACGGGCUGGAAUUUGGAGAGGAAAAACACGCACUAUCUCCGAAUCCAGGAAAAGUAUGGGGACGAUUUGGCAGCCGCCGUCUUUGCCCUGAUGCUCAAAGGAGGCGUUAGGUUCCGGGGUCAAACGGAAUGGUACCGAGAGCACAACCGAAAGCGAUUUUGCGUGGACCUGGUAAAUUACCAGGGAGUCCCCUUGGAAGCGGCUGACUUCAGCGGCUCGAUCAUCAGCUACGAAGGUCUGGGCAGCCUGGUUAACCUGAAAGCACUGAAACAUCUCGAUCUCAGCCGCUGCCCCAACGUGGACGACUGGUGCCUGAGUCGGCUGCACGUCUUCGGGGAGACGCUGGAGGAGCUCUCCCUUGCCGGCUGCCCCCGGGUCACCGAGAGGGGGCUGGGUUGCCUUCACCACCUGGAGAGCCUCCGACGCCUGGACGUCUCCGACCUCCCGUCCGUCCCCUGCAAAGGUUUGGUCCGGAUCUUGCUGGAAGAGAUGUUGCCCCAGUGUGAGGUCGUCGGGAUCCGCUACGACGAGGACGAACUCACUCUGCCCAUCGAACCCGACGUUCACCAGGGUCAAACAGAAUUGCUGCGGGAAGCGGCCCGCGUCCAGAAAACCAGAGAGAUCCCUGCAUGAGUGGGACAGGCGAAGGAUUUCCCGAGAGGUUUUUCCUUCUCUUCCCGGAUCCUUCUUUGCAUUCAGGUUGAUAGAAGGAAAGCAAUAAAUAAAUAAAUUAUUGGGGUAGUUCUAAACUUACACCCGGACGUCUGGAAGUUAAUAUCCCCGGCGGUCGUCCUUAUAAUAAAUGGAACCUCCAUGUUCAGAGGCACUGUACCUCUGGGUUCUCUGGUUGUGGAGUGUUAAUUUUUUUUUUAAUGAACCGUCGAAGGAGCCAACAAUAAACCAACGAGUUGCCCGUGCCCUUAACCUGCGGGCUCGCUAGCGAAUCAACUCAACCUUCAGUUUGACUGAUCUGCUGAUUAUUUGAAAGGCGCUUUUAUUGUCUCGCUCCCUGGAUGGUGUUUAACUUCCUGGAAAGUUUCUUUGUUUUUCUUUGAACCGGGGGAGAGUGCCCUGUCUUUAUCUGAUUCCGAGUAAACCAAAAAAGGGAUCACAGUUACAAGGAAACGUAUCCGACAAACAAACACUGUGAUAAAAAUGACCAAAAAAAAGAAGUUAAGCUGUAAUAAUUUGAACACGGAACCAGAAGAUAAUUUGAAGAAAGUAAAAAAGAAGCUAAGAUGUAUCAAGAGGCCUGACGCCUUUCGAUAUAAUAGGGAUUACUCCUGAGGAAGACUGGUGAAAUGAGUUUAUAAC